UUAAAAACAUACAGGAUUGAAAUGGAUUCGAGACUAUUUUGCAAUCUGGCUGUUAUGCUUAUAAUAGGGCAUAUGAUCUCUGCUGUGAAAUCAACUAACGAUGAUUGCAAAUUUUCUCCCAAGGAGAGGUUAAACUGUGGCUUUGGAGGAAUCACGAAACAAGAAUGUAUUGACCAUGGAUGCUGCUUUGAUGAUGUAACACCAGAUGCUAUCUGGUGUUUUAUACCCGAGGCUGCUACGUCUGUGUGUGAUAUUCCUUUAGAAGGAAGAAUAAAGUGUGACUCUGAAGGAAACACCCAAAGCGAAUGUUUCCACAAGGGAUGCUGCUUUGAUGAUGAAAUGCCAGAAGGAGAAAAGUGUUUUAUGCUUGACCCUGCUUCGUCUGUGUGUGAUAUUCCUGUAGAAGAAAGAACAAAGUGUGACUCGGAAGGAAACACCCAAAAAGAAUGUCAAGACAAUGGAUGCUGCUUCGAUGAUGAAAUGCCAGAAGGAGACAAGUGUUUUAUGCCCGAGCCUGCUGUCAAAAUCUACACCACGGCAGCUGGAACCGGCAAAAUUUUCAAACUGGCCAUAAUUGCAAAAACUACUCUGGACAAAUCAUAA